AUGAACCUAAGAGGAGAUGCAGGUGCGCACGCCAUCGGAAUCACCCACUGUUCGUCCUUUACCAACCGCCACUACAGCUACUCCAGCACAGACCCGCCCCUCGGCGCGACCUACACCACCAACCCGUGGCAGCCAAAUUGCGGGAUGGGCGGCCGUGACGCCGUGGUGGAGAUGGACCCCAGCAGCUUCGUCAUGUUCGACCUUGGCUACUACCAUGCGGUGCUCAAGUACAGAGCCCUUCUCCAGUCCGACACUGCUCUGAUCACUGGCGCCACGGUGUUCGCGCGUUCGGUGGCCAGGAUAGGGUCCGUACAAGUCAUGACUGGCUCCGAGGGGGAAAUCAGGAAGCAGUGCGCCAUCACCAACAGCUACCAGAACUGA